UGGAGGGCUGCUGCAAUUCAUCAUAAUCUCAAGGAAGAGCUAAGAACUAAGAGAGAAAGAGAAAAGGACACGCAGAGGAAAAAGACAGAUAAAGAAGGAGAGAGAGAGAGAGAGCGCGAGAGAGAGAUAUAUAAAGAGGCGGAUAGAGAUAGAGAGUGAGAGAGAGAGUGAGAGCGGAAACAGAAACAUAUGGUUUAUCUGAAGAGGACUGCUGAACCGGGCUGAAACUUAUUAAACCACCAUCAUCAUCAUCAACUAAAACCAUCGUCUUAAAUUCUUUUAUUUCAUUUUCUUUUUUUUUUCUUUUUUCUUUUUUCUUUUUUUUUUGGGGACACUUUGUUUGCCUUACAUUGUCGCGCGCUUCUCACCUGGCUGUGCGUCCACCUCUGUUUGAUUAGUUUGUGCAGGGGUUGGAUUGCGGUGGUUGAACCUCCCUGAACACACACACACACACACACACACACACUCUGACACACACACACACUCAGAGAUCAUCACAAGACGCGGUGCAGCCUUCUACAAAAAGCUUCUUGCAAGGAGGAAAUUGAAUUACCCAAGUUAUUUCCACAGAAGAGAAGGAGGACACUGGCUCUCGGCUUCUCCUGCUCUUUUACCCUUGCACACCGUGUUUCCUCCUCGGGCCCAGCAGGAGUCUCUUAAACCCCCCCACCUUCCCCUUGCCCCCCCUACCUCCUCUCUUUCUACCUCUCUCUCCUUCCCCCCCUUUUUUCCGAGCCAUGUCUGGACACACUGUGACCAUCCCGGACGACCGGUCCUUCGCCAGCUUUAAGGCGGAGUGUAUAUGCGAGGAGGGCUGGAGUACCACCUACAACAAGUCGGGCAUCACUGUGUGGAGCCAAGGUCUGGAGGCUGGGAAGUCUGUGCACAAAAUUAAGUGUCGCAUGGUGUGUAAGGAUGUAUCAGCCGAGACCAUGUACGACGUCCUCCACGACAUUGAAUACAGAAGGAAAUGGGACACGAACGUCAUCGAGACCUUCGACAUCGGGAAGCUUACGGUCAACGCUGAUGUCGGCUACUACUCGUGGAAGUGUCCAAAUCCUCUUCGGAACCGCGAUGUCAUCACACUUCGCUCUUGGCUGCCGAUAGGGAAAGAUUACAUCAUCAUGAACUACUCUGUCAAACAUGCUAAAUACCCUCCAAAAAAGGACAUGGUGCGAGCAGUGUCCAUCCAGACUGGCUACAUGAUCCAGAGCCAGGGACCAAACAACUGUACCCUCACUUACAUGGCCCAGGUAGAUCCCCGAGGUUCGUUACCCAAGUGGGUUGUCAACAAGUCUUCCCACUUCCUCGCUCCUCGCGCAAUGAAGAAGAUCAACAAAGCCUGUUUGAAGUAUUCAGAGUGGAAGCAGAGACACAACCCUGGAUUCAAGCCCUGGCUCUACCCCGAACAGACUACAUUACCCAGCAUCCCACUCUCCGAGCUCAGCAUCCAACACGCUGAGAGCCUGGAGAAUAUUGAUGAGAGCUCCCUGGCUGAGACCCAGGAGAGAGAAGACAGCGACUAACACACACACACACACACACAUACAAACACACACACACACACACACACACACACACACACACACAGCAGAGUCACAUAUAUUAAUGCACACACAGAUUCAGUAAUGCAGUAAUACAUGCAUGGCGGCUGAUACACAUGCAUAAUGACACACGUGCAUCGUAUGUCAUUCUGCAUGUAACUGUAUAUGCACAGUAUACUUGCAUACAUACUCUACAUGCAAGUGCAUAUACAGCCGUACCAUCAGUCACAUGUAUGAAAGCAUUCAUGCACACAGACACAAACACAUACUCGACUAACUCAAGUCUCUUACUCGCUACAUAAUGUAUGAACACUUACAUACAAUAUAGAAACAUCUGCAACAUAGAUGCACUCACACACACACACACACACACACCCAUGAGGGGCUGCAAGACUACAUAUUUUUAUCAGUAAACUAAUAUAUCAUCAUAGUCGAAGAAACGUGGCUGUAAAUGUUAUUUUUUCCAUGCCUGUUAAAGGGUAUAUUAACAAUGUUUUCUAAUCGGGGGAGGGGCUAUGCAAAUUAUUAUAGCGAAUCUAUUUUCAUUAAGAUUUACUGUUGAAAUGUUUACAUGUUAACUUGAUGUAGACUAUGGACAGUACACACACACAUUCAUUCAUAACUGUGGAUUUCAAUGAAUUAUACGAGCUUCUUUAACUCACACUUGUUUCUGUAGUCUAAGGCUGCGUUCACACUGCAAGCCAAAAUCCGAUUUUUAGCCCAUCUAGAUUGG